AUGAAUCGACGACGAAAGAGCUCCAAUCUGGGCGGAGAUCCUCGCGGAGAUACGGGCGCGACAGCAUUCGCGACGAUGAAUCUAUCGCUGCGACAUCAAGACACCUCGUCGCCGACUACGACUUCAUCCUCGGGAAAGCCGCUGCGACAAUCGAAACGACGAAAGGCAAAGACGUUGUUGAACCGGUUCAAGCGUACGUCGCUUAAGCACACGUGGGUCAUACCGCUCAUCCUCGUUGUGGUCAUCCUUGGCCUCUACUACAUCGAUCCGGGCGAGCACAACCCUGUACACCACGCCAUCUUCCUGUCCUAUGCGAAUCCCCCCUUGGACGAGCGAACGGACACUCUUCCAGCACAUGUCGGCAAUGUCACGCAGUAUGGCAAGGGGCCGAAGGAUAUUGCGUUCGUCGCUUUCUACACCAUCGUGCUGUCUUUUACGAGAGAGUUCUUGAUGCAGCGUAUGAUCCAGCCGAUUGCGAUUUGGUGUGGUAUUCGGUCAAGAGCAAAGCUGAGUCGCUUCAUGGAACAAUUCUACACUGCUAUCUAUUUCGGCAUAUUUGGACCCUUUGGGCUGUAUGUGAUGAGCCGGACACCCGUGUGGUACUUCAACACGGCUGGAAUGUAUGAGGGAUUCCCGCAUCGUGCUCAUGAGGGACUGUUCAAGGCAUACUACCUCCUUCAAGCGUCGUACUGGGCUCAGCAAGGCUUGGUCCUGAUGUUGCAAUUGGAGAAGCCGAGGAAGGACUUCAAGGAGCUGGUCUUACAUCACAUCGUCACAUUGUCUCUGAUCGGUCUGAGCUACUGUUUUCACUUCACCUACAUGGGCGUUGCGGUAUACAUCACACACGACAUUUCUGACUUCUUCCUGGCUACGUCCAAAGUCUUCAACUACCUGGACCUCUGGAUCAUCACGCCGUACUUCGCCAUCUUCAUCGCAGUAUGGGCAUAUCUCCGGCAUUACAUCAACCUUACAAUCAUCAUGUCGCUGUUGCCGGGCGGUCAAUUCGAGACUGUUGGCCCAUACCAAGUAAACUGGGAGACGCAACAGUACAAAUGCUGGAUCUCGCAAGCCAUAACCUUUGGACUGCUGGCAGUCCUACAAGCCGUCAACAUAUUCUGGUUCGUCCUGAUCUUGAGAAUCCUGUACCGACUGCUCGUCACAAGCGAGGCGAAAGACGAGAGAUCCGAUGAUGAAGAGGAGGAAGACGACCUGCAGCCUCUCGCUCCGGAAGCGGAUAAGGGCACUCCUCAGAUGACGCUGAAUGGCGAGCCUUUCAACCAGACUGAAGCUUCUGGGGCUGACGUCAACCGCAAGGCUUCCCUGAGGAAGAGAUGA